AUGAGCUAUAAUGGGGUGUACGACGAUAUAGAAGACUUUUUGAACUGCGCCCGUCCACAUCACUAUGAGCAGUACAGACAGCCCGAGCCCAUAGCUGAGCCCAACGAGUCCUUCUAUGUGCACAUCAAGGAUGCGACGGCGCAGUAUUUUCCAGCUUGCCUGCUGAGCUUUCGUCGCAGAUUCGAUGCCAAGUCGAGGGAGCAGAAAUACCAGAGAGCCAUAAAUCGGAGGCAUGAGAUCCUCAGGGAGCGCGUCGAUCGACUCACUGAGAGAUUGGCCAAGGUGGCCAAGCAAACAGCUGAUUGUCUAGCCAAGAGAGACAACGCCCUGCUGGCGCUGCGGCGGCACAUAGUCAAGGACAUGCAGGAUCAUGUGAAGAGGCGCGAGCACUGCACGGCCAGGCGCGUCAUAAAGCUGAAGCGCCACAACGAACAGGUGCAACGCUGCUGUCAGCUGCUGCGCUACGGCCUCUACCUGACGCGCAUUGCCAAGCAAUACGAACAGAAUCGUCGCAAACGCAUUGGCAUCUUUUAG